GUCAUCAAGCCGCCUCGUUUUAAGCGGCCUCGCAUGGAAGGCAGCCAUGAUGCAAGACCCGGCAGCAGCAGCCGCAGGGAGGAGGAUACGACAGGCGUGGGACCCAUGCACUGUACUUCACAGACUUACGGGUCGGCGUGUGGGGAGCACUGGCCGCGCGAUUUAGUGCAGAUGCUCGUGGGGUGUGUGACAUCCCUACCUCCCGGCGGCCGCGUGCUUCCCCGUGAGGCAAUAGCAUUGUUAGGCUGGGCUGAGUUGCCUGACCCAGAUGGAAGAAUAUAUCGCAAAGUUAAGGAUAGGCUUCAAUCUAUCCGGAAUCAGCUGGCUAAAGGUGUAGACCCGUUAGCAGGCCGGGUGAGACCUGGGCGCGUGCCUCUUGGAACAUACAAGUGGCGGGUUUGGCUUCGAGGGGCUUUCCUGAAGCUGCCCAAUCAUGAGGCCACGGUGGAUGACCUCGCUGCCAUCCUGGAAUCGGAUCCAGACAUUUCCCCCAGGCUAGACAAGAGGCCGGACUCAGCGCUGGUGACGGUUCCAAGGUGGAGGAGGAACCUGUCGCACAUUAUCUUAACUAUCCCCGGCGUCACCAAUACCGGCCAGAAGCGGGGCCGCCUGGUGAUUUACCACUACGAUGAGGAGGCCGCCCGGCAGCUUGGCGAGCGCGGCAAGCCGCCCAAGGUGCCCAAGCACCGGGUACCCCAGAUGGGGGUGCACAACACGUGACUCUUGUUAGUGCGCUAGAACCGGGUGUAAAGAAGGCCGCAAGCCGCCCAAGCUGGCCAGGCACCGUGUGCCGCGCAUGGGGAGUGCACGAUAACUAAUACACGUUACUGUCCAGCUUGGAAGGAGCGCUUGAAGCAAGCAUCCUCUCCAGGUUUACCCCGUGGCGGCCGGAAGCAUGGCUUCAAGCCUUGGUAACAGAACCCAACCCCGCCAGCACGUUUCGACCCAAACCGUACGAAUGCCAGCAGAAGCAGCGGUGGCGCCUGUCGGCUGCAACCACCUGGCGGUUACACCGCUGUCGGGUGGUUGCGUAGCUCACGGAGCAUGUUGUCCCUUGCGUCACGCACCUGCCCGAAACCGGUUCUCAGCUCCGUUGCCGGCACACGCCCUGCGGACCCGUGAAACCCGCGCAUGAGCGGAGGAGUGGAACACCGGGGGACAGUGGUUUCGAGCGGGAGAAGCAUGGCUUGCGGACGGCUGG